AUGAGCAACACGAAAGUUCAUCCUCAAGAUAACGCCAACUUCAUUUCCAAAAUAACAUUGUGGUGGGUUUUUGACCUGCUGAGGAGAGGAAACACAAGUCCUCUUAAUCAUGAGAAUCUUUAUCCUAUUCGAGGGGAGUAUUGUGCUCAACAUCGAAUCAAGCGCUUGGAAAAGGUUUGGACUGAUGAAACGAAUUCAGCAAAACGAGAAAAUAGACGACCAAAACUUUGGAAGGCAAUGCUGAAAUAUUUUACCUGGAGAGAAUACGGACUUUUAUGCUUUCUGACUUUUUAUUUCAUCGCGGGAAAUAUUUUCUAUCGGUAUUUCGUUUUGAAGCUAAUAGUUUCGUUGAGGAGUUAUAGAGUUACCCAUGAAAUCCGCAAAUCCAGAAGUGUGAAUCUUGUCUACGUAUGGGGAAUGAUUAUUGGAUUCUUAGUUCAGAAGUUUAGCUCACGACAUAUUAACUUGGUCACACCUGUUCUGGGAAUGAAGGCGAGAGCGGCUCUGAUAGGCUUGAUUUAUCAAAAGGUGUUGAAAUGUAGUAAGGCGAUUAUAUCUGCAGAAGAAGUGAUGGAAUUGAUAUGCAACGAUACCCAACGUAUCGUCUUGAUGGCAGACAAAUCGUUUCCAUACAUAAUUCGAAAGCUAGUUGUAGCGUUUAUAUACAUCUGUUGGCUUGCAUCACUUCUUGAAUGGAAAGUUGUUCCUGGUCUUCUCGUAUUUGUCUUCUUCUUUGCUUUCCGAAUUUUGGUGACGAAUGUCGACGUGAAUUUACGACGAAAUGCUUCUCGUGUAGCAGAGAAACGUCUUGGUUACCUGCGAGAAUUUCUUACCAGCAUUCAUUCCGUGAAACUGAAUUGCUUGGAAGAAAUCUACGAGAGAAAAAUUCAACAGACAAGAUGGCAAGAAAUCAAGUUUAAAGCGAAGCGCUGGAUCAUAUUGUCCAUCAGUCUAACUUUCAACGUGUGCCUAAGUAAUACGAUUCUCCUUAGCACUCCACUCGCCAUUCAUUUCACCACCGAUAUAAUGACAGCACUUUAUCGGAUACAACUUUUCUUUGAACGUGCCGAAGUUGUGCAGGUCGCAAUAAACGCAAAUCAUUUUUACGAAGGCGAUGGUUCAGCAUUUGUACGAAAAUCAGCCCAGGAGACGAGCAAGGCGUCGCAGGCUGUUAAAUGUUCACCGCACAUUUCACUAAAUAAUCUUUCAAGUAAAUUACCUAAAUUCAAUAAUUUAAAUCAUUUAGAUGACGACGGCUUGCCAAUGUUGAAUAGUAUUUCUUUAGAAAGAUCAUCGACGGGGUUGACCAUCAUUACCGGUUCGGUAGGCAGUGGAAAAUCCUCACUGUUAGCUAGCAUUCUCGGUGAAGAGCUUCCCAUAACCAGUGGCUUUUUAGAACGUUCUGGAAGUAUUGCGUAUGUUUCCGAUAAACCUUGGGUGUUUCCAGGAACCGUUCGUGAGAACAUUUUGUUUGGUAAACCAUAUGACAAAGAGUGGUACUACGAGACUGUUAGAGCAUGUCAGUUAGAAGAUGAUUUUAUACGACUGCCGGCAAACGAUCUGUCAGGUAUUGGAGAAAACGGUGCGACACUAAGUGGAGGACAAAGCACACUGUCCUGA